AUGACAAGCAAGACAUGUCUUGGUUGUCCUUGUCCACCAACAAUUUCAUUUGUUCAACGAUUAGGAUCGGCUUUAUUUUAUGGUGCUUGUUCAGGUUUAAUUACCGUUGUUAACAAACUUGUCCUUACAUCUUAUGAGUUUCCCUCAUUUCAACUGCUUGCCAUUGGACAGUUAACUGUUUCGAUUACUGUACUUUAUCUGGCACGAUUUUUUGGUUUUAUUCGUUUUCCUCAUUUCUCCGAAAAUGUUGUUAAUAAAAUUAUGCCGUUGCCAUUGUUUUUCUUUGGUAAUUUACUCUUUGGUCUUGCUGGUACUCAAGCAGUUAGUUUACCAAUGUUUACUGUUUUACGUCGUUUUUCAAUUUGGUUAACGAUGAUUGGUGAACAACUAAUACUUCGACAAACUCAAUCUCUCAUUGCACAAGCAAGUGUUUAUUUGAUGUUAAUCGGUGCUAUGAUUGCUGCUAGUGAUGAUUUAACUUUCAAUUGGUCUGGAUAUGUUUUUCUUAUAAUGAAUAAUCUUUGUACGGCAGCACAAGGUGUUGUAAUCAAACAAAAAUUAAUCAAUAAAGAAUUCAAUCAAAAUAGUCUUUUAUUCUAUAAUUCAUUUAUUGUACUUGGACCAGCACUUGUUAUAACUGCUUUUACUGACGAUCUUAAUAAAGUUUGGAAUUAUAAUCGUUAUACGGAUAUUGGUUUUGUAUUUGCUUUUCUUCUAUCAUCAUUAAUGGGAUUUCUACUUAAUUAUUCAACAAUGCUUUGUACUAAUUAUAAUUCUCCUUUAACAACAACAGUUGUUGGUGCUUGUAAAAAUAUGUUUGUAACAUAUUUAGGAAUGAUUAUUGGUGGUGAUUAUAUUUAUUCACGUUUGAAUUUUCUUGGUCUUAAUAUUAGUGUUAUUGGUAGUAUUGUUUAUUCUUGGGUAACAUUUACUAGAAAACCACCAGCAAUACCAACACAUGGAAGUGGAUCAUCGAGUACAACAUUAGAUAAUCGAAAACUAACAACAACUGUUAGUCCAGAAGAAACAAGUACAUUGUGUGUGAAUUCAACUGAAGCUAUAACUACGAUAACAACAAUAGGAAUCGUAUCAACAUCUAGAAAUAAUUCUAUUUGUGUAGCUCCGAUAUGUCGUAAUGGAGUUAUCGGUGUUUCAUGUAAUAUAACUACGGAUCAAUAUUCUAUAGUUCAACCAUGCUUAAACUUAGCAACAUGUUAUCCAAAUGUUAAUAUGCCACUUGAGUAUAUAUGUUUAUGUGUUGUAGGUAAAACAGGUGAUCAUUGUGAAUAUGAAGUUGCUGUAUGUGCAAAUAUAAGGUGUGAAAAUAAUGGUCAAGGUAUACCAAUCUAUAGUGAUUGGUCAUGUCGAUGUACGAAUACUGAACUUUAUUCAGGUGCUUAUAUUGCGAAAUAA